AUGCUCUUUGGCACUCUGGUGCUGAACAUCCCUCCCCCACCGAGCGAUCGGCUAUGGUACGGCUUUCGUGGCAACCCGAAUCUGCGCUUUAAGCUAAAGCCUAGGGUCGGAGAAAAAAAUGUCACGAUUCCGAGAAUCUUGGAGAUUCUCGAGAAGAAGGUUCUACUGGAGUUCCAGGUAAGAGGUUCUCCCUCUUUUUUUGCCGCGGCCUUCCGCUAG